CGGCCGGGCCAGCCGGAGGGGCCCGCGGGGCCGGGCCGGAGGGGCUCAGUCGCGCCCACCAGCCGUGCAUGCUCACACACACACCGAGCACCUCCGCGACGCACCCGAUGGUUCACGAGCGCGGACACGUCGCAGACUCAGGAGGACGUCGUCGGGAAGGUGUCGCAUCCGCCACCGUGGCCGCCAGGCAGGUCGGAGAGUCCGUCCGCGUCCGCCACGAGCUCAGCGUGCUGCCCGGGGCUGCUGCCAUGCGCACCAGCUGACUGCGACCGGCUCGGCUAGGCUCGACCGGCACCGGCUCCACCAUGUCUCCGUGGCUGCUGGGGCUAGCGCUGGCGCUGGGGCUGGCGGGGGCGGCGGCGGCCGGCGCGCGGGAGGCCCGGGGCGCGGCGGGCGCGACGGGCCGCAAGCCCUACUGCCGCAGCUACGGGGGCUGCUACCCGCGCUCGCCGGCCCCGCGGCCCCAGCCCGAAUACCCCUACCUGCCCGCACCGCCGGGGAAGACGCCGCGCUGCGCCAAGCCGGGCGCAACCUUCUGCGAGACCGCCGACCACUACCCGGCGCGCCUGGUGCAGUACCUUAUCGACCGCUGGGCCUACGACUUCAACACGCUGCUCAAGAGCGAAGACCCGGAGGAGUUCAACUUUAGGUACCCCGUGACGUACGGCCCGUAUGGGCCCUCCAACAACGCGCUGCUGGAGGGAAACGGCACUGGGUACAGCUACAGGCCGGCCCAGACCUACGGGCCGCCCCCGCACCCUGGCUACCCCGACAGGAGGUACCGACUGGACGUCUCUCAGACCUCCAUCACCUACCCACCGCCCCCCGCGCCCCACCACCAGCAGCAAGUCUCCAUCAACCCGACAGGUCCCGCUGCCGGCCCGGCCGAGUGGGCCAGGUUCCGGCGGGACGCGACGAGGCGCCGAACCAAGAGGCAAGCCUCGGGCUCGGGCGCGACCACGCUUUGCCCCACAUCGUCCAGCUUCGUGGCGCCGCAGGCCGCCCUCAACACGCAGGGCAACUGGAUGUUCGUCGCCAACGUGCCGGACCAGCCGGCCGACCGACAGCAGCGCUACACUCAGUUUGUGCGCGCGGAGACCUGCGUGUCCAGCGAGUGCAACGGGCUGUGCUCGCUGCCCAACGGCUACACGUCCCGCUGCGAGCAGCAGUUCGUCCAGAAGCGCCUCGUGGCCCUGGGCGGCGGCGGCGACCGCCUGUACACCGACAACUUCUGGUUCCCGCACUGCUGCGUGUGCCAGAUCAGCGCGCCGCAGGGCGGCUAGGACAGGGCGGCGCCCCCGGGCCCCGGCCCCGACCCCGGCCUCCAGGACGCCGCCGGCCUCCAGCCCCGCCCCCCGGGGCCGGGACACAGCGCGGACGCCGAGCCCGCACCCGGCCUCGCCGACCGGCGUCGCAUCCUGGUCAGCCCGUGGGUGCCGCUGAACGCCUUCUUCCUCGUGUUCCUGCCAGUCGCGGUGUUCUGAGCGGAGAGUGGACAGACUUUUACACCGACCGCAGUGGAGUGCAAUGAGUUGGAGGGCUGCGGUCCCGUCGCACCGCCGCGCGCCACCGCGCUGGGCCUGCUUCAGGAGCCUGGAGCCUGGAGCCAUGCAGCGCUGGCAGCGGCGAGCCCGCCCGCCCCGCCCCGCUGCACCCGCGUGAGAAUGAGGCUGUGGUGAGAGGCGCGCGCCGCGCUUGCUGCCCCCGCCCCCCCGCGCGACUACGCCGAUGACCACGAGCGGGGCCGCCCCGCCCGCCUCACCUCACGCCGCUUUCCGCCGGACCCACCGGCGGCGGUGUUUUACUUAUGAGAGUGACGAUGAAAAAAACUGGAGUGUUCCUCUACGGCUGCGCGCUCGUACCGGGCUGGCGAUGCCGCGAGCGCACUGAGGCUGUUAACACGUCGAGAUUGGACCCCGGCUGCACGGCGGUCGUCUACCCCGAUACAGCGGCGGAUAGAGACGCCUUCCUACCGUGUAGGUCCUGAACUCUCUCCCAGCGCCCAGCCUGUUUCAAUGUGUUCAUCGAUUUGUUUGUAUAUUGUCCACGUCGACUCAACAUUUCCUUCCGUGUACUACAAAAUACCGCUGGAGACUAGCCCUGGACAAUAUUGCAGGUGUGCUUGCAACUUACAAUGAAGGCCACACUUUUCAUUUUUCUUACAUGUGCAGUUCCGAUUUAGUCGACUUCACCACCUUAUUCGACUAAACCAAGGUCUAAAUAUAAGAUUUUUUUCUUUCUUUCGACAGCGUACCGUUGGUAUGUCCUAUAUUAACAAGAUUAACAGCCCGCCAUCACGUCGAUUGUAAAAUUGAAUUAAAUUAUUUUUUAUGAUC